GGGGCGUCCGGGGCGCGCCGGCGGCGGGCACGCGCUGCGCCAUGGCGGGUCCGGCGCUCUUCUGCGCGUGGCUGUUGGUCAGCCUGUCGGCGUGCAGCAUCGUCACCGCCUCGAAAUUCAGCCGACCGCGGCGGCUGGCAGGACAGGAGGCGCCGCCUUCGCCGCCGCCGGCAGUGCCGGGAACGUGCCUCCAGUAUCGCGGCCGCCUGUGCGCCGGCCGGCUGUACGACCACAGCGUGUUCGUGGCGCUGCCGGACACGCUGGCGAGAGUGGAGGAGCGGCUCCGGGCGGCCCUCUCCGUAAUACAGGGCUCGCCGGACCUCUCCGAGGCGUGCGCCGAGUUCACGCUGCCGGCCGUCUGCCUCGCCGCCUUCCCGCCUUGCGAUGCCGGUGGCGGCGCGCCGCGACCGCGCCAGAUCUGUCGCGACGAGUGCGAGCACCUGCGCGACGCGCUCUGCAAGCGCGAGUAUGCCAUCGCGCGCGCGCACCCGCUCAUCGGCCAGAAGAUCGCGCUGCCCGUCUGCGAGCAGCUGCCGCCGGUGGGAUCGGCGGCGGCGGUCGGCUGCCUGCGGCUGCCGCUGCCGCGGCCCGAACGCUGCGGCCUGCCCCGCUGCGCCCGGCCGCUGCUCUGGUAUAUCUGGCGCGUUGCCGUGCCCGGAGUCACCUUGCUGGUGCUGUGUGCACUGAUCUGCAUAUGCUGCUGCCUGUGUCGCCGCAUUCGUCGUAAGACGGUCCCGCCGGGUGUCAGCACCAAGCUGGUGCCCACAGCACCGUUGGAGGAGAAGCCAGCCAACGCAGAGAAUAAGCAGCAGGCUCUGGAGCUACCGCUGAACGAGAUUCACUUCAAGGAAGAGCUUGGAGAGGGGGCAUUUGGCAAGGUGUUCCGGGGCGAGCUGGCGGGCCGCGGCCCCGACGGCAGCCCGCUGCCAGUGGCAGUCAAGACGCUCAAGUCCGGCGCGGCGCCGCGCACGCAGCUCGACUUCCGCCGCGAGUGGCAGCUGAUGGCCGAGCUCCGACACCCAAACAUUGUGCGCCUGCUGGGCGUGGUGCUGGAGGCGGCGCCGCAGUGCCUCGUCUUCGAGCACAUGAGCGGCGGCGAUCUGCACGAGUUCCUGGUGGCACGCUCGCCGCGCGGCAGCGCGCCCGGCCGGCCGCCGGGCGGCGCCACCGAGUCGCUGAGCCAGGCCCAGCUGUUUGAUAUCGCCGCCCAGGUGGCCGACGGGAUGGCGUACCUGACGUGUCAUCAUUACGUGCACCGGGACCUGGCCGCCAGGAACUGUCUGGUCGGGGAAGGCUUGACGGUGAAGAUAUCCGACUUUGGCCUCUCCCGGGACAUCUAUUCAUCCGACUACUACAGGCUGCAGACCAAGUCUCUCCUGCCCGUGCGGUGGAUGCCCGCAGAAAGCAUUCUCUACGGCAAGUUCACCAACGAGUCGGACGUGUGGAGCUUUGGUGUGCUGCUCUGGGAGAUCUUCAGCUUCGGCUUACAACCCUACUACGGGUACAGCAGCGCCGAGGUAGUAGAGAUGGUGCGUCGGCGCCAGUUGCUGCCGGCGCCCGAGGACGCGCCCGCCGCCCUCUACGACCUGAUGCUGGACUGCUGGCACCAGACGCCCUGCCGCCGGCCCCGCUUCGCCGAACUGCUCGCGCGUCUGAGGAGCUGGCAGUGCGAGUCGGGAGGCUCGACCGACCCCGCGAAGCGUCAUCAGCCCGCCGGCUCCGUGGAGCGUCUUCGGCCCGCCGGUCCCGGCGAGCGGCUUCAGCCUGGGCCCAGUCUGGCGCGCUCCGAGGUGGUUCUCAACAGAAUGUCGAGCACGGGCAGUCUACCCGGCCGUGGCACGAGCCGGGUGUGA